UAAGACAGUUUCAGGAAGUGACAGAGGAAGUGGAGUAGUGAGCCACAGUGUGUAACGUCUCUGGUUUCUCUGUUCAUAGACGAGGCGAGACAGAGAGAGGAGGGAGACAGACAGAGAAAGAGACAGAGAGAGAGAGACAGACAGAGAGAGAGACAGACAGAGAGAGAGACAGACAGACAGACAGAGAGAGAGAGAGAGAGACAGACAGAGAGAGAGAGACAGAGAGAGAGAGAGACAGACAAAGAGAGAGAGAGACAGACAGAUAGAGAGAGAGACAGAGUGAGACAGACAUAGACGGAGAGAGGGACAGACAGAGAGAGGGACAGACAGAGAGAGGGACAGAGAGACAGACACAGAGAGAGAGACAGACAGAGAGAGAGAGACAGACAGAGACAGAGUAUACUACUGAACUAUCUGUCUCGUGGAGGAACAGACAGAGAGAAACAGAAUACUACACGUGUCUGUCUGACCGUGUGUCAUGCGUUACCAUGACGAGAGAAGCACUCAUCAAACUCUUCAUCCUCAUCCUCCUCGCCUUCAUCAUCUGUCUCCCAGAGUUCUUCACUUCACACAGAGCGAGGGUAAACUUCCACUGUGUGACCUUUGACCCCUGUGGGGACCAGGAAGUGCCAACGCAGUGCGACCCCGGGCUGACCCCUGCGGAACAGAACUCCAACCGGAGCGGCGAGGAGAAGCCCAUCUGUAACACCGGGAGGGCGGGUUCUGGAGUGAGCUGGUUGCUGUGUGACACGGAGACGGACCCGCCCACUCUCCGUGGCAACGCCUCGCUGUCAGGGAGGAGGGUGUCGCUAUCAGUGUUGUCUGAAGGAGGAAACGAGACUUUGUACGGCUUCCUGACAGAGGAGAAGAAAGAGGGGGAGGAAGAAGAACAAGGAUUCAUCUACUGCUGUUUUCGAACCCCGCACCUUUCCAUACCAACCAAUCACAGCCAGUGUCUCCUUCAUCUCCACACCCAAGGAACCAAUGAGACAGCUGUAAAGUCUGACCUGCCCUGGACACGGCCACCUAGAAGUGAGUGGUUGUGUGUCUUCAGGGUGGCGUGGUUGGUCCUGGUGGUUGUGGUCAUGUUGACUGUCCUCACCACGGUCCUGGGUCUGAUCUACUGGAGGACUCGCUGCUGUCGAAAGGAGCCCAGAGUGUAUCCAGCCAGUGUGUUCCAGACCAGAGGAUUCAACACGGACCUCCCUGGUGUCUCUGUUUCACUAAAUCACUCCUCAGGUACCUCUCUCUCCCCCCUCCCAGAGGGGCCCAGUGGGUUCCGGACCAGAGGUUUCAACACGGACCUCCCUGAUGUCUCUGUUUCACUAAAUCACUCCUCAGAACUGCUGCUCAGGACAACAUACUGGACAGGCCUGUUGUCACCUAUUCAUGAAGAGAAGACUGCAGAGGACGAGCCUCGUCAGGGUUACUACGGUAAUGACACAGCGCUCCACCACCGUAGCCACCCUCUCCACUCAUCCCUUUCUCCUGAAGAGCUCUAGAUGAACAGAGCAGAAGACAGGAACACCAAGACAUUACUUCCUUUUAACAUCAGUUUUUGUUUUUUAAAUGAAUGGUGUCCCCGAAUGGUGUCCCUGAAUAGGGUCCCUGAAUGCUGUCUUGAUGGGGGGGUUUAUUGUCCUCCUCCUGGGUCCUGGAGAUCCUCAAAAGACCCCUGAAGGACAUCCCCCCCCCCCCCACAAGGACAACGGCUAUUUUAGGAUUUCUUUAUGGAAAAACAUUGUGUGUGUGUGUGUGUGUGUGUGUGUGGUGUGUGUGUGUGUGUGUGUGUGUGUGUGUGUGUGGUGUGUGGUGUGUGGUGUGUGUGUGUGUGGUGUGUGGUGUGUGUGUGUGUGUGUGUGUGUGUGUGUGUGUGUGUGUGUGUGUGUGUGUGUGUGUGUGUGUGUGUGUGUGGUGUGUGUGUGUGUGUGUGUGUGUGUGUGUGUGUGUGUGUGUGGUGUGUGUGUGUGUGUGUUUAUAUAAAGACAUGGCUCUGAAACAGUUAAAAGGUUUAAAAAAGGUGUUUUUAUUUUUCGUUGUUGUUAUUUUGUGAUUAAAGGUUCCGUUGUCAGAUUCCAUCUCCGUUACCAUAGCAGCAGAUUAAUAAAUGAUCCAACAACGACUUAAUAAACCAGUGGACCUAAAAACAAUAAACACACAGAAAUAGAAAUAUAGAGCAUUAUAGUGCUGGUCCUUUUUUGUCUUUGUCCGUUAAUGUCAAGGUUUGUUGUUCUGCCAUUUAAACAAGGUCAGUUGUUCUGCGAUGUAAAGAAACACCCCUUCAUUAAGCAGGGAACAUCAAUACCUGCGGCAUGUAGCCUAGCGGUUAGCGCGUUGGGCCCAGGAACCAGCAUGUAGCCUAGCGGUUAGCGCAUUGGGCCCAGGAACCCAAAGGUCUCUGGUUCGAACACCUGAGCUGACAAAGCAACAAACAACUGGAAAAAUAUGUCGAUGUGUC